AUGCAAAUCUUCCCAAUUCCGCAAAAGGUUCUGAAUCAUAUAGAGGCGUUGUGUCGAGGUUUUCUCUUGAGUGGUAAAAGUGGUAGCACGAGGAAAGCUCCCGUUGCAUGGGAUACGGUUUGUCGACCGACGGGAGCUGGAGGCCUCAAUCUUAUAUCUCUGAAAGCUUGGAAUCUUGCUACUAUUGGAAAAUUAUUAUGGAAUUUACAAGCUAAAGCGGACAAGCUAUGGGUGCGGUGGCUGAAUGCUUACUACAUCAAGAAUAACGAAGUCAUGGCAUGGCAGGUGAAAGCAAGCUGUUCAUGGACUGUGAAAAAAAUGAUGAAAUGUCGAGAUGAUAUUAAGGAUAUGCAGUAUUGGCAGGAUGUUUUACAAGGUAAACAGUUCAAAACUAAAUUACUUUAUAUUGCCAUACGGGGUACGAUGAACAAGGUUGAGUGGCGACACAUGAUAAUGCAUAAUUUGGCCCGACCACGAGCUAUUUUCCUUUUGUGGUUGGUACUGCAUGGUAAACUGUCUACUAAGGACAGACUGUUAAAAUUUGGGAUUAGCGUGAAUCCGACGUGUGAAUUUUGCAAUAAUUUGGAGAGCAUUCACCACCUCUUCUUUGAAUGUAGCCAUGUCCAUAUGGUUUGGAAAGGUAUUUUGGAGUGGAUGGGAGUGCACAGAAGCCCGCAUGGUUGGAAUGAGGAGAGGGUUUGGAUAAUGUCCGAAACACAUAAAAAAGGAUGGCUGUGUCAGCUUCUGAAAAUUGCUUGUGCUGAAACAAUUUAUGAAGUGUGGAAGAGUCGAAAUGAGAAGAUUUUCUCCCAAAAGGAUAUUGACCGAAAUUUAUUAGGAAAGAUUAUUGAUAUUAUUGUAGCUAGAGGUAUUAAGAAUAGUAAGAUUAGAUCUCACAUUGAUCCGUUUAUUUCACUGGUUGCCCACCACCGUCCUAUAUGCAUUGAAACCAAAUCACUAUCCAUUUCAAUUGAGAGAAGAGUAGAAGAUUAUAACUCAAUUGAUAUAACAAGCUAUGUUUGUUACCCAGGUGCACAAAUAUCUGAGAUGUUAUAA